UCCAAUCGUUGUAAUUUGCAAAACCUUUUUCCUAAACAAUUGAUCGAGCAUCACGAAGAAUCCGAAGAAAUGGGUGGUUAUUUCAUAAUUAAUGGGAUCGAAAAGAUCAUUCGUCUAUUGUUGGUACAACGGAGGAAUUAUCCCAUGGCUUUGAUUAGACCGUCAUUAGCAAGUCGUGGUGCAUCAUAUACCGAAUAUGGUGUAUCUAUUCGUUGUGCGAGACAAGAUCAGACGACCAUGACAAACGUUUUGCAUUACUUAAAAAAUGGCAAUUGCAUGUUUAGGUUUUCAUGGAGAAAACAAGAAUACAUGAUUCCAGUAAUAUUGAUUAUGAAGGCUUUGGUUGAGAUAAAUGACAAAGGAAUCUUUGAGCAGUUGAUACAGGGAGAAUUUUCCAAUACUUUCUUGACAGAUAGAGUGGAACUUAUGCUUCAAGAGUUUAAAUCAUUUAGCAUUCAAUCCAAAGAACAAUGCGUUAGUUUCUUGGGUGAAAAGUUUCGCGUC